GCAGGAGAACUGAGAGCCUGCAUCUCUCAGCGCUUGUUUCGCGUUGUCCCGGCGUGGUCCUUGCUUACCGAGUUGAUGGGUUCGGGACUGGCGUGCAGUGAAGUGAGUGGACAUGGUUAGUAUGCUCUCAUUACUCUGCCUUAUUUGGUCGACUUUAAGGCAGCAGUUUUUGUCGCGCCCUCCAGGAACCAUAGGGAUCUGUACAGAAACUCUCCCUGGAGCAUAGACAGGUAACCCUGGAAAAUGCCCACUAAGCUUCUGUCCUGUGAUCUGCCUGAUUCAUUGACUUAAUGUAGCAGUUCAUGCAAUGUCCCAAGCUAUUUCCACACUGCAGUGCCCCAAGCUAUUCCCACACUGCUCUGUCCCAAGCUAUUCCCACAGGUCCCAAGUUUUUCCCACACUGCAACGUUGCAAGCUAUUCCCACACCUUGAAGGGAUGGGCUCUUCGUCAAGGGGGGAUGAGUGAUGGAUCUCCCCUUUGGCAACGGAAAGCGACCGUGGGGCUUGUCCUUCGUAACGGAGGCUCGAGUUGUGGUUUUGUCCUGUGUAUGUGGAAAUAAGCGGUCACUGCAGAUAAUAGUCAGGAAUAGUGUAAAGAGGAAUGCAAUGCGCCUGAGGUGUAGCUGGAGGAGUUUGCACUCGGUGAGGUAUGGUGUUCAGGAUUGACGCAGGAACAACAUAUUGAUAGAGGGCUGUUUAGUUAGUGGUGAGACAUGGCUGUGGGUUGGAUGGAAGGCGAGUUGUAGAUGUCUGGAGGUCGUCGGGGCAUGUCAUCGGGUUAAGAUCAGUGGUUGCUCCGUGUGUCCUCCUGUUGUUCUCCAUGUCUAGUCUACAACGAUGUUUGUUGCGACUCGGGUUUUUGUUUCUGUAAGAGUUUAGGGUUGAGUGGAUGAUGGGAGGUUUGGGGUUGAUAUGACUCGGGGACCACAGGGGCUUGUGUGUGGGGUGGUCGGUGCUGUUAUCAGGAGGAAGGUUGGCUUGGAGGUUGAGACGACUUGGGAGUGACACGGGCUUGUGUGUGGGGUGGUGAGUACUGUAAUCAGGAGCUUGUCACCGUCUUGAAACAGGAAGCAAAACAUCACCUUCUUUCUUUGAAUCUAGAACCCUGUUUUAAAGCCCUGCAUUUCUUUCUCUGUUGAGCUUUAAUCGCGUGCGUCUAAGCUUGCCUCUCUUUUGUGGAGCUGUUUCUCGAUCAGUUUUUGAGAGUGGAUGCUUGCAAAUUUUUGAGGCGACCUUGUUCUGCCAGCAGCGGUGGCGUUAGCACGGCAAAUGCAAAAAAAACGCGACUUUCUGAAACUUGUCAUCGGCAGUGUGCAUGAAUCAUCAGUGAUGUCGGUGCAAGGCCUGAAAUAAUGUUGAAUAGAAGAUGCGGGUUAUUUGAAUUUAUUUCCCUGUUUGCGAAAAACCUUUGGUUGCUUCCAUGACUGACUUAUGCACUAUGUUAUCUGCUAUUCACUUUGAAAAUCCGAGUGAUGCUUAUGCUACACAAGUGAAGGUACUCGUUGUUCAUACCCUGCACUAUGUCUGUAUUAGCGCCUCGGCCGUUUGUGUGAGACACUGGCUAUAUGCAGCACUAUGGCAAGCUAAAUUUGCAAGGGGGCACAGCGGGACUUCUCAUCUUUGAUACUGGCUCUCUAACUGACGCCUUGCACUUGGGCCCCUCCUGCUUUCCUCGUCUCCCCUCUUUUCUAUUUGGCUAGUGGCCUUGUCAUGUGUAUUAGCGCAUUUAUGGUCUGUGGAAGGCACUGGCUAUAUGCAGCACUACUAUGGCAAGCAAAUCGAAACAGCUUGUGAAAUUUGGGAAAGGUUUACCAAAUUAGGUUCUUCGCAUGCAGCCUCAUCGCAUCCGCAUCUCCCGGACUUCUCCCCGUUCUUCGCAGGCAGCCUCGUCUCAUACGCAUCUGCCGGACUUCUUCCAGUUCUGUGCACGCAGGCUGUCGGUCGUGGGGCCGUGCAGAGGCAAGAAGCCUGUGGUGAGCUUGCGAGCAGCUCUGCCUUUGUUGGAGGAAGAAUUGACAAAGCUCGGUUGAAGUGAACACCUGUGACUUCUUUUUCGUUCUUUUUCGUUUUGUUUUGUUUCCUUUUUAACAAUCCUCUGCGUCCUAUGGCCCCAGGGCAGUAAAAGUGCGCAUCCUACCGUAGUGACUGUUGCACCAGCAGUCGGCUCCGGUCAAUUGGUGGGGAACAGCACCUGCUGGAAACCAGGAAACCGGGUCCGGCAUCCCUGAUACAACAGUUUCAAAGCAGAUUACAGACUACCGGGAGCUUUAACCGGCUCCGCCUGUGUCAGCCUCCCAGUCCCGUCCACCCCACUACUCCACGAACCCUGAAUCCAAGGCUCGCCAGCCAAUGUACGUACUACUACCGAACCCACUCUCCCCGGCUGACCCCUAAAGCUGGGGUCACCUGUAACAUUUGUACUGAGAGAUCUGUGGUGUUUUCCCCCCCUGAUCCCCCCUCUCAUCAGAUACACACUCCUGCCAGCCGUCUACCAGCCGUUUGCAAGCAAUCCUUUUGCUACCGUCUUCCCGCGAAUCCUUUUUUGCACCCGUUCAUUACCGCUGCGUCUGUACUGAAAGUUGGGCCGAAUUCUUUUCGCUUCUGUCUUAACCCCCGAUGACUGGGCAUUCUCUUCGGGGGAAGAAGGUAUAAUGGGUGGUGGUAUGAAUGCACGGAGCCUGUGGUAUCGAGGCAAAUAUCUGGGCUUGCUGGGGAGAUGAGUGAUCAAAUGUCGUUCCCGUGAGUAUCUGAAAUUUCAAAUUAGUGCUAGAGAGCAGCAGAAUGGCCUGCUGCUUGCUACUUGCUGCUUGCUGCUUGCGGCUAUCCCUCGUGAAUUCUACGUUGGCAAUCCUUCUUCAAAAAAAUGACACUAACAUUAUCAUUUGCUGAUGAGGUUGAGUAGUGAUGCAACGGUGGUCCCACUCUGAGGGAGUCUUUUCUCUCCAGCAGGAACGUGUUCGUACCUCGGCUUUUUCUUUGUCAUGUUAGAGGGCCAGUGGUUUGACUUCAAGUCCUUGCAUUGAUUAUGGCCACCUUUCUGAGGCAGGGGUUCUACUCUGUCACAUUAGUGGGCGAGGGAGUCGACAACUUGGAUGGAUUUGUAUUUGCAAGGAAUAAGGAAGGGCGUUUUAUCUCUGGAAAAGGGUAUGAAACACUAUGAAGGGCCUUAUGGCUGUCCGUUUCUCUUUAUUUGUGGCUUGCUGUCAGUCGAUUAGUGGUGGUAUAGACGCGAUGCACGGAGCCUGUGUGUUAUGGUAUCAAGGCAACUCUGGCCUUCAUGGGCGAGAAGUGACGACUCGCUUUUUUCCUUUUUUCUUUCGUCUUUUUUGUUUCCGUCUUUCUAAUGCAAUUGGAUUCCUGAAAACUGAAUUGGCAUGUUGAUAUCCGCGGUGAAUUGUACAUCAGCGAGCUGUUUGCUCAACGGCAUCCGACUGUAUCGCCUGCUGAUUGGAGUGAGUAGUGACACGAAGAUGGCCCUACCGUGAGACAGCGUCGCUCGAAGAGACUACCAGAUGUGCCGCCCCAGCCAAACUCCCCACCUGACAAUGUCUUUCGCUUGGAUCGGACGAGGGCCUGCACCUUGGAUCGAGAAGCAGGGGCAGAGCCCCGGCUCCACCUCACGAAAUAAGUAAAAUAACGUUAAAAGUAGUGGUAUUUCACUUGCGCCGUAAGGCUCCCACUUAUUCUACACCUCUCAAGUCAUUUCACAGAGUCGAACUAGA